UUUCUUUGCGAGCAAGUUUGGUUUCUGUUCCUAGGCGGGAAACUGACUGAGUUCUCUGCCCCCAUUUUCUUUUUCAUAAAUUAUGACUAGUCUUUACUCUUUAACCGCCACUUGCUCCUCUGUGCCUGAGUUACCUAUUUAAAUCCUCUUUCAUGCUUCCGUUUUUCAAUGUUUGUUAAUUGGCUGAAAGCACUCAGUAGAGUCUGCUGCCAAUGAUUGUUUUGCUGCAGUAUAAAUAAUUCCAAUUAAUAGAAAAGGGAAAAGGAAAACAAUUGUUGCAAAAGACGCAUGUGGUCAGGCAAAUUCAUGCUAGUGAUAGCUACAAAUCGAUGGAACUUCUGAAAAUUUAAUCUUUUUGGUUACCCUUUUGCAGUACAAUGGGAAAUUUAAGAGCUAACGAUCCAAUUAGGAUUUUUGCCAAGAGAUUUUACUGUGCCCGCAGUGAACGUAUUGUUGAUGUCCCAGUAGAUGUCCGCAGAAUCAAAACGGGUUUUGACCCUGAAAUAUCUCGCCUUAACUUCCAACUAAAGGAUUUAGUAAGAACAAAUCAAAUCGCGAAGGCACGUCAACUGUUUGAUGAAAUGCCUUGCAAAAACACUUGCUCCGUGAACAUGAUGGUUUCGGGUUAUGUGAAGUCACGUAAUCUUUCUCGUGCGAGGGAGUUAUUUGAUAGCAUGCUCUCUCGUAAUGAAGUUUCAUGGACUACGAUGAUUGGUGGUUACUCUCAGAAUAAUCAGCCUAAAGAGGCUUUUAGUCUAUACACGGGGAUGUGUAGGUCGGGGAUUAAGCCGGAUCAUAUCACCUUUGCAACUCUCUUAUCAGGUUUUGAUGGUACAACAACUUUAAAAGAAGUACUUCAGAUUCAUUCCCAUAUCAUUCGAUUUGGAUUUAGUUCAAGUCUUAUUGUUUGCAACAGUUUGGUAGAUUCGUACUGCAAAACUUCCUGCCUCGAUAUAGCAUCUCAACUCUUUUGUGAAAUGUCAACUAAAGAUUCUGUAAGCUUCAAUGUUAUGAUAACAGGGUACACAAAAUACGGUUUUCGUGAAGAAGCAUCAAAGCUAUUUAUGCAAAUGCGGAAUAUGGGUUUUCAGCCUUCAGAUUUUACUUUUGCAGCAGUGCUCGGUCUGAGUGCUGAAUCAGAUGAUGUUAUUUUUGGUCAACAAAUUCAUGGCCUUGCCAUCAAGACCAGCUAUGUCUGGGACAUAUUUGUUGCAAAUGCAUUGCUUGAUUUCUACUCGAAGCAUGACUAUAUAGAUUUCGCAAAGAAUCUCUUCGAUGAGCUGCCCGAGUUAGAUGGUGUUUCGUAUAACAUAAUUAUCACAGGUUAUGCAUGGAAUGGGCAGUAUGAGAAAUCAUUUGAUCUCUUCAAAAGGCUACAGUGUACUACAUUUGACAGAAAGAAUUUUCCUUUUCCUACAAUGUUAAGCGUAGCUGCAACAGAAUUAAAUUUAGCAAUGGGAAGGCAAAUCCAUGCACAAGCAGUGGUGACAACAGCUGAUUCAGAAGUUCAAGUAGGAAAUGCCCUUGUUGACAUGUAUGCAAAGUGUGAAAAAUUUGAUGAAGCCAACAGAAUAUUUCAAAAUCUGGCAUACAGAAGCUCUGUUCCAUGGACAGCCAUAAUUUCAAUAUAUGUUCAAAAGGGUUUUCAUGAGGAGGCACUCAGAAUGUUCAAGGAUAUGACUAGAGAAAAUGUUCAUGGUGACCAGGCAACUUUUGCUAGUACUUUAAAAGCUUCAGCAAGUUUGGCUUCAGUCUCUCUUGGGAAGCAAUUACACUCAUCUGUGAUCAGACUGGGAUUGAUGUCCAGUGUUUUUUCUGGCAGUGUUCUUGUAGACAUGUAUGCAAAAUGUGGUUCCAUGAAAGACGCAAUUGAAGUUUUCAAAGAGAUGCCUGAUAGGAAUAUAGUAUGUUGGAAUGCACUGAUUUCUGCAUAUGCUCAGAAUGGUGAUGCGGAGGCCACAUUUCGCUCUUUCAGGGAUAUGAUUGAAUCAGGUCUAUAUCCUGAUUCUGUUAGUUUUCUCAGUGUCCUAACUGCUUGCAGCCACCGUGGGCUUGUCGAAAAGGCACUAUGGUAUUUCAAUUCCAUGAUGCAAGUAUAUAAUCUUGACGCAAGGAGAGAACACUAUGCAACAAUGAUUGAUGUGUUAUGUAGAAGUGGAAGAUUUAAUGAGGCAGAAAAGAUGAUCUCUGAAAUGCCAUUUGAGCCGGAUGAGAUAAUGUGGUCAUCAGUUUUGAACUCAUGCAGAAUUCAUAAGAAUCAAGACCUUGCCAAAAAGGCUGCUGACCAACUUUUCAAGAUGGAUGCUCUUAGAGAUGCUGCUGCUUAUGUCAACAUGUCUAACAUCUAUGCAGAAGCAGGCAAGUGGGAAAAUGCGGCAAAAGUCAAGAAGGCUAUGAGGGAAAGGGGAGUUAAAAAGGUCACUGCCUAUAGCUGGGUUGAAAUUGACCACAGAGUUCAUGUAUUCACUGCAAAUGAUAGAACCCAUCCACAAACUGGGCAGAUUAGAAGAAAAAUUGACUCAUUGGUUGAGCUAAUGGACAAGGAAGGAUACAAGCCUGAUACAAGUUGUACUCUUCAAAAUGUGGAUGAAGAAAUGAAAGCGGAAUCACUCAAAUAUCAUAGUGAGAGGUUGGCCAUUGCCUUUGCAUUGAUUAGUACUCCAGAAGGAUCACCCAUUAUCAUUAUGAAAAACUUGCGAGCUUGCGUAGAUUGUCAUGCUGCAAUUAAAGUUAUCUCAAAAAUUGUUGGAAGGGAGAUCACCGUGCGAGAUUCAAGUAGGUUCCAUCAUUUUAGAGGUGGAUCUUGUUCAUGUGAGGAUUACUGGUGAGAUAUGGAUGGAUGAUUCUAAGAUCAUUUCAUUUGGUUUGUGCUUCCCCUUUUCUAUAAUCGGAAGUCACAAAAUUUGGGGACUUCAGCAAUUUAUUCCUUGGGGUGAUGAUGAUAAUUAGGAUUUAACUUAACGGAUGGGCUUAGUCCAAUUGUAGUUCUUGGAUCCAAAAUUUGUGGUUGUGAAUUAUUGCAAUUAUUAUUUCUCUAAGUUGGGCAGUUUGAACUUCCGCAAUGAACUGCAUGGAGAACCAAGUUCUACUUUUUCCUGAAGAGCACUCCACCUUUUUUUAAGAGUUCACUAGUUUUCUCCCUAAACCACGAAUUGUUUUUUCAACAAUAAGAACAGGAUUUGCUGUCUUGAGAUGGAGGGAUUUUGGUUCUCUUCUUGGGAAUGCAAACAUGACUUUACCAAGUCUACAUCAUUCUCAUCUUCAAGAGGGAGCUGGUUGGAAGAGCCUGAUGUUUAAAAAGAGACUGGAGCUGGUAAAGAGUUCAUAAUGGUAUAUUUCUUCUGCUUUGUGUUCAUCAAAGACGUCAUAAGAGGUGGUCAGUAGACACCUAUGCUCUAUGCAGUUCUUUGCCAGAUGCAUCCUUUCAAUAUUGUAUCAUCUUGGGGCUUAAACAGUGGCUACUAGCAUCCUUUCCAGGUGGUGGAGUGGCCUAUGGGUGUCUACAACUCAUCUCAACUGGGACUUGUACAUACAAAUUGCCCUGGCUGGCAGCUUAACUUAUUCCCUUUUCCUAUGGCCAAUGAGUGACCAGGGAUCAAAUUCUAGUUCGUGUAACACCAAAGUAUAUUGAUUGGGUGAAACAUAUGAAGAGAUUGCACGAGGUGUCGAACGUCAGGGAACUUCAUAUUUUUGUUUUGACUUAGACUCACUUAUCACGAUGAUACUGACAGUUGGCCUGAAUUUGCUAUAGCAUAGAGAGUUCAAAGUUGAUUUCAUCUUCUAACCCUGUAAUUUGUCUAUAGGUAGGGCACCUUUUAAUCAGUAUACAGAUAUUUGACCAGUUAUGAGGUUGCCCAUUUGACUUUGGCUAUUGCUCAUGUAUAGUCUCAAAAUAUUGAUGUAGCAUAUUAGUUCACUUUUUACUGUGCCUUCUGGGAAAGUACCUGGAUAAAGGCAUCUUCUUGGAAAUUUUUGUAUUGCAGAUGGGGUAAUCUAUUCUUAUUUAUUC